AUGAGCCUGACCAACCCGCCUUCAUCUGCCGGCGGGCCUCUGACGACCUCCUCUCUCCGGCCCACUGCCGCGUCCAAUCUGAACCUCAAGAGAACCGUCCAGGCUGCUUUUGAUGGUAAUGCAGACUCCGGACGGUCAGGCAGUGGCUACACAAGCAAAGUCCACGUCAGAGAGCGAUAUCACAUUGUUGGCUUCAUCAGCAGUGGUACAUAUGGCCGUGUCUACAAGGCAGUCGGGAAGAAUGGCAAGAAGGGCGAGUUUGCCAUCAAAAAGUUCAAGCCCGACAAAGAAGGGGAGCUGAUCCAGUAUACGGGUCUGUCGCAGUCUGCAAUUCGAGAAAUGGCCCUGUGCUCCGAACUCAAUCAUCCAAAUGUGGUAGGACUUGAGGAGAUCAUAUUGGAAGAUAAAUGUAUCUUCAUGGUCUUUGAGUAUACCGAGCACGAUCUCCUUCAGAUUAUCCAUCACCACACCCAGCCCCAGCGACAUGCCAUCCCUGCAAAGAUGGUCCGGUCCAUUUUGUUUCAGCUACUGAACGGCUUGCUUUACCUGCAUACGAAUUGGGUGCUUCAUCGGGAUCUGAAACCCGCCAAUAUUUUAGUGACGUCAGCCGGGGCGAUUCGAGUCGGUGAUCUCGGUCUUGCGCGACUCUUCUACAAACCGUUGAAUUCUCUAUUUGCUGGCGACAAAGUCGUGGUCACGAUCUGGUAUCGGGCGCCGGAGCUACUGCUCGGCAGCCGCCACUACACUCCAGCCGUCGACAUGUGGGCACUCGGGUGCAUAUUCGCCGAGCUACUGUCCUUGCGCCCCAUCUUCAAGGGCGAAGAAGCUAAGAUGGAUAGCAAGAAAACGGUACCAUUCCAGCGCAAUCAGAUGAUGAAAAUAGUCGAAAUAUUGGGCUUUCCUCGACAAGAAACCUGGCCGGGACUGGCCGCCAUGCCCGAGUACAACCAACUCCAGUCAAUGAUGCAGUCGAUGAAAAUGUCAUCUAGGGGAGGUAUGCAUUAUAACAAGCCAUCCAGUCUGGACACGUGGUACAACCAAUGCUUGAAGAAUGGCGGUUAUUCGUCGAGCAAUAAAACAGGCAGCCCCGGCGCUGACGGGUUUGACCUGUUAUCACGUCUACUCGAAUACGAUCCAACAAAAAGAAUCACUGCAGAAGAGGCUCUAGACCACCCAUACUUCACCAACGGCGGGCCCAUCAGUGCUAAUUGCUUCGAGGGUUGUGAAAACAAAUAUCCCACCCGUCGAGUCACCCAGGAUGACAAUGAUCUCCGUAACGGCAGCCUUCCUGGCACUAAACGCAGCGGCCUGCCUGAUGAUUCCCUGCUUGGCCGAGCAGCCAAGCGUCUCAAAGAAUGA